AUGCUGUCAUUGUCAGCUACAUCCUACAAGACCGCCCCCGUCUCUGCCGCUGCCUCGCGCCAGUCUCUUCCGCUGUCUACGACGUCCACUGCGUCGUCUCCUCACACCAUCACUAACCGAGAUGAAGACAACAACAACGGCGACCAACCUCAGAUUAUUAUGGUGACCAGCGAGGUGGAGGUAGAAACUGGCCCUGCUGGUCAAGAUAGCUAUUUUACCAGAACGACGGUGACAAAGUCGGUGACGACGGAAACGGUGCAGCCAAGCGGUGACAACGAAGUCCACUUUGAUUCCGUCAUUCGCGAGUCUUCUAAUGCUCGAGAACGUGAACGUCAAGCAUCAUCCACGUCUUCCCGACUAACAGCCAGAUCAUCCACAUUCGACAAUACCCUCCAUAGGGCCUCAACCGACACCAAAGGCUCACUUCCAACUCUCCGUUACGCCUCACCCCCCACCGCCACCGCCGGCGAAUCAUCAUCAUCAAAAUCAGCAGCAUACGAUCCAUACCUCCAGCCUCCAGUCGCCAUCAUCCCCAUGCGUCCAACACGGCGAAACACAACUGGCUCAAGCCCCAUCGCUGCCAGUUUCAAGCGCGGCCAUCAGACACAUACGAGGCAAUAUGGGAGCUCGUCGCAUUCGCCUGAGGAUGCGUCGUAUAUCGGUGAAGUGGGGAUUGAGCUGGCGUCUGAUAUUGAGAUUGCGGCGGAGCAGAUUAGGAGGGAGAGGAUGGAGAAGAGGGCGAAGCAGCAGCUGCAACAAGAAGCGGAGGCGGCGCUUACGCGUGCUGAGACGAGGCCCAAGUCCGAGCAGGAUAUGCCGCUUGUGGGCAACCUUAUUGGGGAGGAUCAUGUGAAUUAUGUGUUGAUGUAUAAUAUGUUGACGGGUAUACGUAUCGGGGUUUCUCGAUGUCAAGCUAAAAUAAAACGACUACUGACGAUAGAAGACUUUACCGCUCGUCACAAGUUUUCAUUCGAUAUAGUCGGAAACGAGCUGACUCCUUCGGCAAAAUACGAUUUCAAGUUCAAGGAUUAUGCGCCUUGGGUAUUUCGGACACUUAGGGAAGACAUAUUCCAUCUAGACCCCGCAGACUACCUCCUCUCCCUCACCGCAAAAUACAUCCUUUCCGAACUCGGAUCCCCCGGAAAAUCAGGGUCGUUCUUUUAUUUCUCGCGAGACUAUCGGUUCAUAAUCAAAACCAUUCGACACUCUGAACAUAAAUUCCUCUUGUCCAUCCUCCCACAAUACUUUGACCACGUCAAAGAAAACCCACAUACGCUCUUGAGUCGGUUUUACGGCCUACACCGCGUCAAACUUCCCCGAGGUCGGAAAAUCCAUUUCGUGAUCAUGAACAACCUUUUCCCACCACAUAAAGAUAUCCACGAGACGUAUGAUUUAAAGGGGAGUACGGUGGGCCGUGAGUACCCCGAAGAUAAAGCCGCGCGGAACCCUCGGGCUGUGUUGAAGGAUUUGAAUUGGAUAAAGAGGGGGAAGGCGUUGGAUUUGGGACCGGAGAAAAGGGCGUUGUUGACGGAACAGCUUAGGAGGGACGCGGAGUUUUUGAGGGGGGUUAAUGUUAUGGAUUAUAGUCUUUUGGUGGGGAUACAUAAUAUGCAGAGGGGGAAUAGGGAUAAUGUUAGGAGGAAUACGUUGAAGGUGUUUUCGCCGGACCUCCCCAACUCCCUAGGCCGCUCAAAAACCAUGUCAGGCGGCCACAAAUCCCCCGAAGCCAUCGCCAUGCGUCGGGCCAUGCGUUCGUCCGACCCUAAAAGGCUAGGCAAACAUACCAUCCGACUCCCCGAAGAAGAUAUCGGGGAUCGACUUCAGUUGAUCUUUUAUCAAGACGAGGGAGGGUUGAGGGCGACGGACGAAGGCAAUGAAGGGUUGGAUGUGAUUUAUUAUUUGGGCGUUAUUGAUAUUUUGACGCCUUAUUCGCUUGUGAAGAGGGCUGAGCAUUUGUGGAAGGGGUUGAAGGCUGAUCGGCAUAAGAUUAGCCCGGUUCCACCUGGGGAGUAUGCGGAAAGGUUCUUUGAUUUUAUGAAGGCUAUUAUGAGAGGGGGUGAGGGGGGCCGUUCGUUCAUACGGCAAGCUCCCACCCAUCCGCUACCGCGGUCCCUCCCGUCCUUCUCCACCCAGCCAUCCCUACCUCCAACCCACACCAAACCAAACGAACCCACUCAUUGCUGGAAGUCAGAAGUCAGAAGAAGACCCACCACAAGAAAAGAGACCCCUGCAAUCACAAAAAAACCAUCCAUCCAUCCAUAUACUGUAUCAAACGACAACAACGCCCCACCCACCCGGACCUCACUCACUCACUCAAACUCAAAUCACGCUAGCAUAAGCAAUACCCGGGUUCAUAAUUUCCAUCAUUCUUUAUCACUCAAUUUAACUAUCUCUCUCCACCACCACGCUCAUUUGAUCGAUCUCUCACUCAGUAUACCUUUUCUUUUCCUUUCGAACGCGUAUCUUUUUUGUAUCUAUAUACGAUUUGUCUCUCUCUGACUCUCUGGACUUUCUCUCCCUCGAGCUAUUGGCGUUCUCGUCGCCCUCACUGUCCUUUUUCGAUAGCUUAUCUCUAUAGCGAACUAUGGUUUCUU